AUGAUAAGAAAUAUGAAGAGGCGAUUAAAUAAUUUGAAUAAGCCUUAAUUUUAAUUCAACCCAUCAUUAGGUUGCAAAGAUAUAAUUCUUAUUAAUUUUUUAGCUGAGAGUUUAAGAUUGCUUGGUUAAUAUAAAGUGGCAAUCAUUUUGGCAGAUAAACCUUGGAAGUUGAUCCAAAGUAUUUUAAAUUACAGAAAUAUAUUUGAUAUGCUGUAAGGAUGCUUAGUAAAUAUAAUGAAGCAAUCAUUUAGGCAGAUAAAGCUUUGGAAAUUAAUCCACAGCAUUGUAAUUCAUUAUAAUCUAAAUGUAUGAAGUGUGUUUGAUUUGAAGGUAACUCAUUGAGAUAUUUUACUUAAAUUUUAGAGUUUAACAUGUUUGAAAAUGUUUAAAGAAGUUAUAUAGGAGUUUGAGAAAUCUUUAUCAAUCGAUCCAAAUCAUUUUGAUUCAUAAUGGGUAAAAGGUUAAUGUAUUUAGGUAUUGAUAGGUUUUUGUUUAAAACAAAGAAUAUGUUUAGGAUUUAUUCCAAUAACAGAAUUAAUUUUAAGAAGCCAUAAUUUUAUGAAAACGCUUUAACGAUAAAUCCAAAUCAAUUAUGGAUUAAAAACAAAAGAGGUAUUAUAUUUUUUAAAUAUUCAGAUGAAUGUUUAAAAAUAGUAAAUAAAUAAUGAAAAUUCCCUUUUAUCGUGA